UAAACAAGAUUAUAAACAAGAUUAUAAACUUCAAGAUUGAUUGGUGUAUAUCUGUGAGUUUAAUUUAGUAUCUUAUUUUUAUCUAUACGAAAAUGAAUAUCAUAUGCGCUAACAUGAAUAAACUGUCAUUUAUGUCACACUGUUUAUUAGCGUUUGUUGUACGAUUAAUCUUGAUACUGUAUGCCAAUUUCCACGACAAGUACUUUACUGUACCGUACACAGAUGUGGACUACAAAGUAUUUACUGAUGCUGCUAGGCAUGUAAUAGAGCAACAAUCACCGUUCGAGCGUCAUACUUAUCGUUAUUCGCCGUUUUUGGCUUGGCUUUUGACACCAAAUAUCAUACUAUACAAAGACUUUGGAAAGAUUUUAUUUUCCAUAAUAGAUAUACUAAUUGCAAUUUUGAUUAGAAAUAUCCUCGCACGACAGAGAUGUAAUGAGGCUCUCAAAAAUCUCUGUGCGCUCUUAUGGCUCUACAAUCCAUUAACUUUGGUGAUCACGACAAGAGGUAACGCGGAUUCGUUGGCUGUUUUUUUAGUUACACUCACAUUAGAUUUAUUACAGCGAGAUAAAGUUUUAUUAGCUGGAUUGUUUCAUGGCAUAUCCGUGCAUUUUAGAUUGUAUCCAUUGAUAUUUAGUUUGCCUAUGUUCUUAUCCUUAUGUAAAGAUAAUCGUUUUUUGCCAAACAAGGAUCAAUGGAGACUUAUGUUGAGUUGUGCAUUUUCAAUUGUUACAUUGACAAUCACGGGUUAUUAUUUGUACGGCUUCAAAUUUUUGUACGAGAGUUUUCUGUACCAUUUAGUGCGUAAAGACGCAAGACACAACUUUUCUGUAUAUUUUUACAUGCUUUAUUUAUCUGCUAAUCAAUCUCAGGAUAUAAUCCAAAAGAUCAUUACGUUUCUGCCACAAUUAUUAUUAUUAUUGAUGUCGUCGUAUUAUUAUUCAGAAAAAUCCAAGUUGCCAUUCGCUAUGUUUAUCCAGGCGAUAAUUGCAGUAAUAUACAAUCCAGUAAUAACUUCUCAGUAUUUCUUCUGGUUUUUAUCUCUGUUACCUCUUUGUUUGCCAAAUAUCAAGAUGAGUUUCUGUAGAAGUGUAUGUUUAAUAUGUUCUUGGAUUUUAAGUCAGGCUGUUUGGUUAUUAACUGCUUACCUGUUAGAAUUCCAAAGUUUUAAUUCGUUCAAUUUUCUUUGGAUAUCAGGUCUAUUAUUUUUUUCUGUUAAUGUAAAAAUUUUAAUUGAUAUUAUUCAUCAUUAUAGGUGUUGAUUAUCAAAUAUGAAACAUUUAUCUGGUGUCUGAGGUAUUAAUCUUUAUAUAUUUGCAAGAAAGAAAAUAAUUUAA